AUGAGUUUGAUGAAGGAGAACGGACAAGAGAUUUAUGUUCGAUAUUUGACUGCGGCGAGUGGACCAGAGUUACGUGGCACGUUAUUGGCGUCGUCUAGGGUACCGCACAAGUUUGAUAUAGGUGCGGUGUAUAAUCAGACGGUGGAAUCUAAGGGCGAUUUGUUAGGUGAAAGUUUGUUGCCAUUACAGCGUGAAUUGGUGGUGGAUAUUGACAUGAAUGACUAUGAUGAGAUUCGAACCUGUUGUCAAGGGAAAAAAGUAUGUCCUUCAUGUUGGCUUUUUAUCGCCGUAGCUGCCAAGGUGCUCCACAAUGCUCUCACCAAACAUUUCGGCUACCACUCUCUACUCUACGUCUUCUCUGGACGUAGAGGCCUACAUAUCUGGGCCUCAGACGACACGGCCAAAUCAUUACAAAACAGUACUCGAAGCGCCCUCAUUGCCUACCUAACAAUAUUCAACAAUUCCAACCUCCCAGGCAGACUCGACCAAUCUCAAUACCAAAUGGAAACAUUAACCAUCAUCAAACAAUACUGGACACGAGUCCUCCGCUCCCAGGACUUCUUCUACAAAUCCGAACGAGCAAGGCAA